AUGGUCCCUCCAGUCCCCGCCGCCGACGUCUCCGUAUUCUCGUUGUUAUGGUUUCCACUAUUGUUCCCAUACGUCGCCAUUUUUCCAAUACCCAACCGUUUGACACGUCUGGAAAAGGAGAAGGAGAUUAAUGGAGGAGCCAUCGAACAUUACAGUCAGAAUGAGACGGCACACUUCAUGAGAGCGCAGAAGGCCAAUGAACCCCUAUUCUUCGAUCGUGGCAACAUUCAACACCACCGUCCCGAAAAGUUGCUUCGCGGAAAGCAGUUAGCGGAGACGUUGGAAGACGCAAGAGCAAGGAAGAUGGAGGAGAAGCAACAGUUGGAUAAGCAUCCGCAGGAUAGGGAGAAUAAAGAUCAAGAGGUCAACGAGCAGCCGGAUCAAGGGGAGCAGGACUACAAGGAGCACUGA